ACAGUUUAGGCGCUGAGUCAACCACCUGUCAGCUGACACGAUUUUCCAGCGCUUUUUAAUGAGGAAAUGAGGAAUCCUGUCGCUCCGCUCCGGUUCAACGUCUGACGCUGGAGUUGAUCGGCUUUUUCAAAUAGGGCUGAAGGUGUUUUUGCAGAGGCUUCGCUCUCCGUGAAGAACAAUGCCUACAGACGGAGUCCUCACACGCACCGCCUUUGGAUGGACCACUCCAGAAAAUUUCACUUCUCUGUGUCCUAAUGGGUCCAAAUGGGUUUGGGAAGGGUUUGGGGAAUGUGCCCAGGACGCCAGGGAUAUGGCCAGCGUCUACCUCGGCCUCCUGUCCAUUCUCUGCUUCAUGGUGUCUUCGUUUCCGCAGUAUUACAACUCAUGUAAAACUGGGAAUAUGGACAGAGCCCUGUCCAUUUGGUUUCUGCUGUUGUGGUUGGCAGGUGACUCCUGUAAUCUGAUUGGCUCCUUUUUGGCAGAUCAGCUUCCGCUUCAGAAAUAUACAGCUAUUUACUACGUAAUGGCUGACUUGGUGAUGCUGGCUAUGUAUACUUACUACAAGAUGAAGCGCAAAGCCUUUGAAAGGAGGACGGGUUUGCAUGUGGUGGGUGUGUUCUGCAUCUUAUGCUUUGUCACAAGCCUCACCCAGCUCCCAGAUGUAGGCACCCAGGAGGAAAUCAUUUCUUCUGGGUUUAGAAGUCGCUCUUUGCUCUCAGCCUCUAGUGUUAGCGCUGUCACGCCUUUUACCACUAAAGAGAUCAUUGGUUUCUGCAUUGGGUCACUGUCAUCAGUCCUUUACCUCUUUUCCAGACUUCCACAGAUAUACACUAAUUUCAAGAGGAAGUCGACAGCAGGAGUUUCUUAUUUCUUGUUCGCACUGGUCAUCCUUGGAAACACUACAUAUGGCCUAAGCGUCCUUUUGAAGAACCCUGACCUGGGCCAGGGUGAGAGCAGCUACCUAAUCCACCACCUGCCCUGGCUCAUCGGGAGCCUUGGCACUCUCACUUUAGACCUCAUCAUCUCUGUCCAGUUCAUGAUCUACCGUAACGCUCAGCCACGGGUGGAGCUCAACCACGAUGAGACAGCACCUCUGAUUGGGAGCUAAACCAGCACACUCACAGUUCAUUGGUGGGACUCGGCCAAACACGCGAUGUCAGUGGAAUCCUCAUAACCACCUUUCUGACAUCAUCGGGAUCUAAACUGUACACUUAAUCUUAGAGAUGUAUUUAUUAUGCUGUGAUCCUUUUUAAUGUUUACAAUCAAUGUUUGUGUCUAGUUAGUACAACGGCAGUUAAAGUUCUUCACUUUUAGUGAGCUUAACUUUUAGUUUUUAAGGGACAGUUAAAGGUUUUACAUGUCAGACACGGAUGAAAACUCCUCCUGUCAGCCUGAGACUGUAUUCACAAACAUACUGAGGAUAAUCUGAGAACUCCAAGCUCGGACUGGAAAUUUUGAGUAAAACAUUAGGAGUUUACGAACGACUUGGAAAAACAUCUGAAAUAAGGGGCUGAAACCUGUAUCCUAUUCAGGAGGUUUGGUGGACCUGUUGCCUUUCUUCAGAAGGUGUGAUAGGUCGAUCAUAAGUAGCCUGUUCAUACGCUGGUAGUUAUGCGUUUGCUUAGAUUGAUUAUCAUGCUGGUAAUUUUACUGCUUAAUCAAUUUUAUUAUAAUGGAUUUAAAAAAAAAAAAAAAAAAAAAGGUUCAAUUUUCUAUAAUCGGCUUCUCGCAGCAGCGGGGGUGCCUGCUUUACUCAUUAAUGGCCUUUUGUGAGUCUGCACUGUGUCACAAAAUGAUACCGUGGAAGGACUUUAAUGGUGUGUGACAGACCCAAGCUUCAUCACCUUUAGCCACUUUAAUUUGUGGUGCUAUAGUGGUGUGAGCUCAUCUUUAACAAGAAUCAACACAAACAUCUCUGCAUGAUCGAGCCUGUUGUGCGAUAAAUUUGCCAUUAUUUGUUGCUUGGAUAUUAGUUUGCCUCUAUUGUAUUGUCUCCACUUCUUAAGAAACCAUUAAGCCUGCUGGAAGUCAUCUUUCCAACUCCUUACAGUUUUCGCUAAGCAGCUCCCUGGAGGUUCAGAUGCUUUGUGAAUAGGACCAAGGUUUUAACAGUAAGGGAAAAGUAUUUUUUUAAAUCUAAGAAUUCUGACAAUUUUAGGUCACACGUCUUUUUGUCAGCAGGAGCCACUCUUUUACUAAGAAGCUGUGUGAAUACGGCUCCUGAGCUCUUGAUAUGAUGCCAACGCACAUAUAUCAGAAACUUGUUGAUGCCACUGAGAGGUUUCUUUUUUAUUCUGGUGCUUGAAGUUGUCUGAUCAUUGCGUGAAGCCCUGAUCUCUGUAAACGAGUCUGAUCUCAUUUACAGUGUUUCAGAACACCUCCUGUAACUCCUGAAGCUUGUGUUAUCGGGGGGGGGGGGGGUGAAUACAGAGAUGUGUCUAAUUGGACAAAGAAGUCAUUUGUAUUUAGUCAGUCUUAAUUGACAGUUGCACAAAGUGCCAUGAAUGGACCAGUUUUGAUUGCACUGGUGAUGAAAUCACAUCUCUUAGCACAGAUUUUCAAUACUUUGUUCAUGUUAUGCGUUUUCAUUUCUUAAGUGUUUUGCACAUUUUGACACGAAAGUCAGUACCUUCAGGAUUGUUAAAGGUUUUUGGUGUGUUAUGAUACUGUAAAGAUUAAAGUCAAAGUCAUGAAGACCACAUUUUCUC